GGGCGUUGACAUCUGUCCGCGCGCCGACCCGCCGCAACCCCAGAUUUUUAAAUUUUAGAUUUGAUAUUCUACACUGAAGUCAUCAUGAACUUUUUCCAACUCCUGAUGAAAAAUAAGGAACUUGUUCCCUUGGUUCUGUUCACGGCCGUGGCAGCCACCGGAGCCUCUUCCUUUGCUGUAUAUUCCCUUCGAAAACCCGAUGUGAUCAUUGAUAGAAAAAGAAAUCCAGAACCUUGGGAAAAAGUGGAUCCCAGUGUACCUGGAAAGCUUUUAACAAUCAACCAAGAGUGGAAGCCCAUUGAAGAGUUGCAGAAGGUCCGAAGUGCGACCAAAUGACCAAUUCUCACCUCUUUCUUCCAAAGAGUACUCUAUGAAUCUAGUGGAAACAUUUCUGCACAAACUAGAUUAUGGAUACCAGUGUGCGGAAAUGCUUCUGCUACAUUUUUAGGGUUUGCCCACACUUUUUGGACUCUGGAUAAGGAAUUAAAGGUAGUACAGUAAUAACCACAUAGUUCAAAAAUAAGUUUGUGUUUGUUUUUUCUUGCUGUAAAUUUGAAUUUUGCAUAUUGAAAUUUUUAUGUUUAUGAUGCCUGAAUGUUUUCCUUGAAAUGUAUAAAGAUUUGUAAAUUAGAUUGUCAUCUGCAAUAAAAUGCCAUUUGUGCAAGUUUUAUCAAA